GCCGCUCCGCCCCCUCGGCUCCUCGACUGCUCGGCGGGCGGGCGCCGGGCGCUCUGGCAGGAGAGGACUGCAGGGCCGAGCCUAGCUCACCCCGCCGUGUCCCCAGUGCCCGCCGUGCCCGCCGCGGUCGCCGCAGAGCAGCCUCCCGCCGGUUGUAUGUUUGAGGCCUCAAUGAGGAGCCCAAACAUGGAGCCAUUCAAGCAGCAGAAGGUGGAGGACUUUUAUGACAUCGGAGAGGAGCUGGGGAGUGGCCAGUUUGCCAUCGUGAAGAAGUGCCGGGAGAAGAGCACGGGGCUUGAGUAUGCAGCCAAGUUCAUCAAGAAGCGGCAGAGCCGGGCGAGCCGGCGUGGUGUGAGCCGGGAGGAGAUCGAGCGGGAGGUGAGCAUCCUGCGGCAGGUGCUGCACCGCAACGUCAUCACACUGCACGACGUCUACGAGAACCGCACCGACGUGGUGCUCAUCCUUGAGCUAGUGUCUGGAGGAGAGCUCUUCGAUUUCCUGGCCCAGAAGGAGUCACUGAGUGAGGAGGAGGCCACCAGCUUCAUUAAGCAGAUCCUGGAUGGGGUGAACUACCUUCACACAAAGAAAAUUGCUCACUUUGAUCUCAAGCCAGAAAACAUUAUGUUGUUAGACAAGAAUAUUCCUAUUCCACACAUCAAGCUGAUUGACUUUGGUCUGGCUCACGAAAUAGAAGAUGGAGUUGAAUUUAAGAACAUUUUUGGGACGCCGGAAUUUGUCGCUCCAGAAAUUGUGAACUACGAACCCCUGGGUCUGGAGGCUGACAUGUGGAGCAUAGGCGUCAUCACCUACAUCCUCCUAAGUGGAGCAUCCCCUUUCCUGGGAGACACGAAGCAGGAAACACUGGCAAAUAUCACAGCAGUGAGUUACGACUUUGAUGAGGAAUUCUUCAGCCAGACAAGUGAGCUGGCCAAGGACUUCAUUCGGAAGCUUCUGGUUAAAGAGACCCGGAAACGGCUCACAAUCCAAGAGGCUCUCAGACACCCCUGGAUCACGUCAAAAGGAGAAGUCAGAGCCCCCGAAGAGCGGAAGACAGAGCCCACCCAGCUGAAAACUAAGCGCCUGAGAGAGUACACUCUCAAAUGCCACUCAAGCAUGCCUCCCAACAACUCCUACGUCAACUUUGAACGUUUUGCCUGUGUGGUGGAAGACGUGGCUCGGGUGGACCUGGGGUUCCGUGCCCUGGUGGAGGCCAACGAUACCAUCCAGGACGAUGUGGAGGCCCUGGUCUCCAUCUUCAAUGAGAAGGAAGCUUGGUACCGAGAGGAGAAUGAGAGCACCCGGCACGACCUGUCCCAGCUCAGGUAUGAGUUCCGCAAGGUAGAGUCACUGAAGAAGCUGCUGCGAGAAGACGUCCAGGCCACGGGAUCUAGCCUCGGAAGCGUGGCCAGGAAACUGGACCAUCUGCAAACCCAGUUUGAGAUUCUGAGGCAGGAGUUCUCCGCAGACCUGCAGUGGAUCCAGGAGCUGGUGGGCAGCUUCCAGCUGGAGAGUGGGAGCUCCGAGGGCCUGGGCUCCGUAUUCCGCCAGGACACCAGUGAAUCCCUGUCAGAGCUGCUCAGCAGAUCAUGCACUGAGGAAGUUCUGGCCGGCUGGAAACUCUGAUCACCAGAAUCUAGUCAGUGAUGCAUUCCAAGAGGUUUGCAGAAGCAUGUUCUCAUCCAUCCUGCUGCGGCAUCCAGCUAGAAUUAUCCUGCAGGGGUGUGUGUCUGUAGUAUAGCCUUCCACCCUCUCCACAGAAUCCAGAAUUGCUGAGGUGCCAGUUAAUUCUUCAUUCUGCACCUCCCCUCACCAAUCUGGUUUUCUGGAAGGGUGCUGGCAGGGCAGCCAAGCUGUUAAAACAAUUAGAGAGUGAAUACCCCUCAGGGUCCCCUUCUCCAGAGGGAGGAUGGCUGGCCCUGGAGAGAUGCUUGAGAAUUGAUUUAUGAUGAAGGAUUUGUUCACAUCUCACUCUCUGCCUACAUACCUUAUGGACUGUAGAUCUUGGGUAGUAUUUGAGUUAAUUAGGAAUAACUAAGUCAGCAUGGUGCUUUCCUGCUACAGAAGCAGGAAUUUAAAAUGCAUAGAGAAAAUAAUAUUGCCUUUCGUUUGCAUUGAUUUUUCACUUACCGUGCACGUAUGUCUGACAAAUGACCUCACUUGAUCCUUAAAAGAACUCGGUGAGAUAGGAAGGUGGGUGGCAUUAUUAUUAUUAUUUCCAUGCAACUGAUGAGCAAAUUGACUCAGUGAGGGAAAAUGAUAUAGUCAAUCAAUACGGAUGAAGCAGAAACCCAGGAUUCCCAUCUCUAAGAUGAGGUAUAUGGGAGAAAGUAGUAAGGCUUUGCUGUAAAUAGCUACCUUAAUAUUAAAGUCCAGGUCCCAGAGGCAAAGUAAGCAACUUCAUGCAUUCUGCCAGGUGUAGGUACAAUACAUACAGCUGCAGAUGAUUGUCCCAGGAGCUCUGUCCCAGAAGGUACAGUCAUUGUCCCUACUCAGCUGUGUCUCUCUCUGAAGACCAGCCUGCAAGCAGGAGAGAAGGAAAGAAGGAGUCUUCCCAUUCCCCACCCUUUCCCCUCUUCUGGCUGACGGCCCCAACUUUGUGUCGAGAAUAGAGACCAGAAGGUCCUCAACAGGAGGUUCCUUUUCUUAUAUACCUAGGCCAUUGGGCCUUGAAGGCCUAAGAAAUUCCAUGAGGGUUUUUGAAAAGGGCGAAUGUAAAGAUGGGGAAGCACAAGGCCACAUGGUCCUUUCAUGACCCAAAGCUUUGAGCACCCCUCCCCAAGGAUGAUAAGAUCUCAUCUCCCUUUCUCUGGGGGAGGGAACAGUCAACCAACUCAUAUCAACAGAGCUUGGCAUAGGAGCCCAAUGCUAAGCUAGAAGCUUGUGGGUGGGGCAUAACUUGUAUAGUUCAAAGUGUCUUCACAGCCUCACAAAACAUCCCUAUCUUAUAGGCAGACUAAGUGAUAUUCCCAAUUUAGAGAUGAGGAAACAGAGGAUGGGAUUUUCCCAAGGUCACAUCAUUGUGGCAAAAGUAGAGGCCUUCUGAUGACAAGUCUGUUGCUCUUUCUGCUUCCCCUGGCUGCGCCAGGCUCCAGAAAUUUAUUCCCUGCUUGCGGGGGCAGCUCACACCUGGAUUCAUCCAUCCAUUUACAAAUUAUACUUAGGCAUCAACCAACUUCCAGUUGCCUGACUUGACUCUGAGGAUACAAUGUUGAGUGAAAACAGGCCUGAUUCCUGCCUUACGGAGUGCUCAGUCCAGCGAAGGAUUUGAACAUUGAUCAAGAAUCACAGAAAGGUAGAGCUGCAGCUUGUGUUUAUGCUGGGAGAGAAGCACGUAGUGCUGCAGGGGCCUACCGUCGGGGUCUGACAGUGUCGGGGGAAGCAUCCUGAAGAGUGACACUGGAACUGAGAUCAGCUGAGCCAACCAGGGAGAGAGAAGUUUCCCAACAGAGCCACCAUGCCAGGGCUCUGUGAUGAGAGGCGGUGUGGAAGGUUGAGAAUGCGAGGAUUGAAAGCUGGAGGGGAGAGAAUAGAAUAUAGUGUGGAAAUGACCAGAGAACAGGCAGGACCAGCAGGGCUUUGGCCAUGUAGAAGAACUCUGCCUUUAUCCCGAAAGUCAAGGGAAGCCAGCAGGUUCCCGGUGCUGGGGAGGGAAUGCCUCAUGAACAGCUCAGAUAGGAAGUGGUUUAGGACAAGACAGGAAAGUUUCAUCUCAUGAAACCAUUUCUUCAAAAUCCUAUCUCCUCUUCUAUUCACAUGAAGGAUCAUUUCAAAUAUCAUAUACAAUAUUUGUAACAGAAACUUUCUUCAUCACUUACGAGAAACCAUGGUGAUAAGAUGCAUCAUCAUUUUAUGGACCACUAAGAAGAAAAGCCCAAGAUGGGGAGUCUAAUAGGAACCUCCCUCUACCCCCACCAAAUAAAGCUGUGAUGCCCUCAGUGAGAGGGUAAAUGAGAAAGGGGGAGCAAGGAAACCCGUGUGUCUCAACCUUGACACUAAGUGGGGGUGAAAAAUCCUCCCCUGAGAACAGGAGUCCCAAGCCGGUGGUACUCAUGCAGGUUUGCUUUCUGAAUUUGUACAAUCAGUGUGAUCCAAAAGAACAUCAAGCAGAGAAUGUAAUGUCCAACAGUCUGAGGCUGGGUGGCCCUGGAUGGCUAGCAGAAACAGUACUGUCCUCUUCCGGAACACCUGCCUUCUCUCCAGGCCAACAGUAAGAAUAUGAUACCAUCAUCUGGGAGAUGCCUCCUUUCUUCAGAGAUCCAAAAAUGUACAUCUUGGAACCAAUGAAAGAUGACAAAAGCUCUGUUUCCUACAUCCCACCCAAGAGAAUUGGUUCAAAUGACCUGUCUACAGUCUCUGCAAGGUCUUACCUGCCCUGUCACAGGAAGUUGUAUACAUGUUUGGUGCUGAGACACUGCAAAUAUUAAAUGUCCCUUUGGUCAUGUUAACAACUUUACCUUCACACAGCCAGGUUUCUAAGGAGAGGAAGCUACUGAUGGGGCAACACAGGGCAAGCUCUUUAGUGAAGGUCAAAAUAGAAUGCAGGCCCGGUGUGGUGGCUCACGCCUGUAAUCCCAGCACCUUGGGAGG